AACAUCUCCAACCAACCAAACAAAAUAAACAAACGAAGCCUCCUCUGUCUCUUAGGGAGCCCUCCCUCUGUUUUCUGUUCAUCCUAAAAAACGCAAACAUGUCAUUUUUACUUCUAAUAUAAUCUAUGUCAUAUCUCAUUUAAGAAUAUUGUUUGUCUCUCUCUCUAUAUCUAUAUCUCUCUCUGUUAGAUUGGUCAAGGGGAGGUCUAAAUAUAGGCAGAGGGAGUGGGAUUAAUGGGUGGCUGAUGACAGAGGAUUGGCGAUUUUGAAGGACAUUCUUAAACAAGGUGGGGGGCAAAACAUCCUCUGUUCCUAUUCCUUGAAGUAGUUUCCUUUUUCUUUUCUCGGGCUUCUUCUGUCGGUUUUUUUGUCCUCGUAAUCGUUGUAGAAAAGAGAGAUUCAAUUCUUUGGGGGAUUCCUUGUGAGGUUGAUCGGUUUUUCAAUCUCUCCACCCAUUCCCUCUCAAUGGGUUAUCUCCUAUUGUUUCUAGUCUCUGCCUCGGAUACAAGAUCUCCGAAAUGGGAUGAAUAAUCAGUAUUGUCUCGUGUUGUUCGUGAUCGGGUGAAUUUGAUUCGAUUCAAUUCAACGAGGAAAAUGGCUUCCUCCCAGGUGGAAAUCGCGGCUUCGGCACCCUUCGGUUGCAUUCUUCGGGACCACAACCGGAGAGACCGGUGCAGAGAAAGCAACGCGUUCCGGAAGAACCUUCAGGACCUUGUCACUUGCAUCAACAUCUCCCCAGAUUCCAAGGACAAUGAACAGAGGGGCGAAAGGCAGAGCUUGAAGUUGUUGGGUGGCAAUCAAGAAAAGUACGUGGGGGAGGAACCGCCAUUGGCCCUAAGCCCGAGGCAGUCCAGGGUCCUGGACCGGUGGGCCACACAACAGGCCCGAGAUACGAUCUCCACGAUUGAGAAGCAAAGCGAUGAGCCUGAGCAUGUGGUGUGCUCAACUUCGGCUUUGUCUUCGAAGGAAGCAGCAUCAGUUGCCUAUGAUCAUUUGGCUGCAGGCCCAUCGAAUCUUGGGGCGUCAUCGCUUGUGCAGAUAUGGGAGGCCCGGCUUGGCCAGUCACAUGGCUUGAACCGGACACCUACAGCAAGCAGCAGCAGGGGCAAUUCUCCCUUCAGCUGCAGCAACGAGGAACCCCCGAGGAAGUCAGAAGUCGGGGAAAUGUUUGAAGAGAGCCGACCAAGCCACGAGGGGUCGAUAGGGGACCAGGAAUCAGAUUGGGCCGUUCCUGAAGGCCGGCCUCCGUCUUCUUCUUUUUCUUCGACAUCUUCUUCCUCAUCCCAGGACCGGGAUACCAAUACUGGAACGAGCUUGAAGACACCACGUGUGGCAGAUAUCAUUCGGAGGUUGACUUCUGUUUCCAGUGAUGAGAAUGAUAAUGAGCCAUGUACCAAUGCUGGAGUCGAGUCUCCAUACCGAGAGCGGGAACGGUCUGUGGGGUCUGAUCAUUCUUCGGAGCAGAGGUUCUUUGCGGUGCAAAUGACGAAUUCUCCAAGGCUGAGGGGGCGGCAGGCCUUAAAUGACCUUCUCAUGCAUAUGGAGCGCGACAGGCAGAGGGAACUCGACUCGCUAGGGGAACGCCGAGCUGUUUCACGUUUCUCUCAAAAAGGUCGCAUCCAGUCACUGCUGCGGCUCAAAGUUCUGCAGCGCGGGAUGGGUGUCCAUCUCCAAACUCAACAGCAACAGCGUCCAGGAAGUUCGAGUUCUGCUGAAGGGAGCAGCUCAUCCCAUAGUUCCACCGUUGUUCAUCUCGGCAGGGAAAAAUUCAAGGUAACUUCUAGUCAAGUAGCUGUGACAACAAGAAAUGAUGCAAAUAACACUGCAAACAAUCCUCAAGCUCAGCCGACAAAGAAAUGUGCCAGUUCAGAAGAUUCUUCUUCCAUCAGCGGUGAUCAGAGCUUUGUGAGGGAGAGUGAUCACAUGGAAGUUCAUGUUCUGCAACGAAGUUCACACUCAGAGCAGAAGGAGCCAAUCACAGCUGAAGAUAUUCGAGAUGAUAGGAGUCUAACCUCUAAUAUCACUUACCAAGAGACAGGUUUCGGGCCAGCCACAGCUGAAGAUCUCCAAGACAAGAGGAGUCUGACCUCGAAUAUCAUUUACCAAGAGACAGGUUUCGAGCAAACCACAGCUGAAAAUUUCCGAGAUGAGAGGAGUCUAACCUCAAACAUCACUUACCAAGAGACGGGGUUUGAGGUUAACAGCCUCGAGUUGCAGGAAAAAGCUGAGUCAUUUACUUCAAUGAAUGGUUGCUGGUAUGAGGAAGAGACAGCAGAAGAAGAGAGGCAAGAAAGUAAUAUGGAAGAGGAGCCGAUGACUAGUGAGAGUGGGUAUGAGUGGUUCCUUGGUGUGUCUCGGCCACGGAGCUAUUGGGAGGAGCAGAGGGAGGCUCGAUAUAGGGAUGUGCUAGAGACCGAGUCUGAGAAUUCGGACAUUCGGCGAUUGGUUGAGAGGAGAAGGGUAUCAACUUUUCUCACCAGUGAUUUUCGGGACAGGAUGAACAGUUUGAUGGCAUCCCAUUUGCAAAGACAGAACCAUCAAAUGAGUCACCAAGAAGAUGACCCGAGCAAUAAUGACAGGAUGAAUCGUUUUCUUUCAUCUUUUUUGCGAUAUCAUUCUCAAUCAGCUGAUGGUCAUGGAGACGAGCAAGAAGAAGAACCCGAGGAGGAGGAAGUAGAGGGAGUGGUACAAGUAGAGGAAGCAGAAGAAGUAGUCCAAGAAGAAGAAGAAGAAAGAGAACAGAUUUACUUGAGUGGUCAAGAGAGAAUGAACCAAUCGAUGGAAGAAGAAGAGGUAGAGGAAGAAGCAGAAGAAGAGCAAAUAUACUUGAGAGGCCAAGAGAGAAUGGGCCAACUGGUCUCAUCCCGUUUUAAUGAAAUCUCAGCCGUAGGUCGAGAAGAGGGUGACGAUAUGGGCAUAGAGGAAAGGGAAUAUAGAGAAGACGAGGAACAAGAAGAGCAGGAGGAACAAGGACAAGAGGAUGAGGAACAAGGACACAUUACAAUAGAAGAAAAUGAAUACGAACAGGAAAAUGACAAUGAUGCAAUGGCAGACUUGGAGGAGGAAGAAGAUGAGAGCACAAUUGGCGGGAGAUAUCACGAAGCUAGGGAGUACUUCAACCACAGCAACACAUCAUCUUUCAAGAUGCGCUCCCCGACAUACAUGAGGUCUUGGAGCUAUCGAAGUUGCGAGGCAAACAAUAAUGAUCUUCAACCCGUGGCUUCAACAUCUUCUCCGGAACCACUCAACUCGCAUCCUUAUCAACAUGAUGCUUGGCAGCACUUUAACUCCAUCGAUCGCCUUUCCAUUGAGAUGGAACUGAUAAAUGAUCUAAGGGCACAAAUGAAGCAACUGUACCAGGAGAUGUCUGAGCUCAGGAAAUCAAUUAAUAGCUGCGUGGAUAUGCAGGUCAAGUUGCAAGACUCGAUCAAAGAGGACAUGAUUUCUUUCAGGGGUGAAAGGAUGAAACCACAGGAGGGGGCACCUAGAAAAGGCAUGUGUUGCAUAUGCUAUGAGAUGCAAGUCGACUCGCUGCUCUACAGAUGUGGGCAUAUGUGUACUUGUCUGAAGUGCGCACAUGAGCUACAGUGGAGCAGCGGGAAGUGUCCAAUAUGUCGAGCUCCGAUAAUGGAUGUUGUAAGGGCGUUCAGAGAUUCAUAAAAAGGGCUGCGCUUAAACGAGUUCUUGCUUAAGAGGACCACCCUUUUGAUUCGUUCGCUAGCAUUUGACAUGAUGGAAGCUCAAAUCAGACAAAGUGUAUAUUAUUUCGGAAUAAUGUUACAAUUUGGCUUCUUUUUUUCUUUUUUUUUUUCCUUCUUCUACUUGUUGGUUGUAUAUGAACUACCUUAGCAUCAAAUUCAGGUUGGCUUUUGAAAGAUGUGAUAUUUGUUCCC